UGCAUCUCAUCAUUUAAUCAUCUGAUAUUGCAUCCCGUGUGUCUAAACUUGACCGUUGCCAUUGACCCCCAUGACUGCAGUCUCAUCAUCAUACCCACACUUGUUUCACGUCCGUUGCUCAGUUUCACCCGCUUUGCACCGCACCGCCAUGCCACCAUUGUCGCCAGCACUCGGCCAUCACUGCCGCAAGCAUGUCCUGCUGGUUAGGACUCUCCACGCUGCUGGUACUGUGCGCGGACUUGGUCAGCUGUAAUGCGAGCGGCCGUAUCACGCUCGAACGCACCCCUAAGCUGAAGACCCAACUGGAAGUCAUCAGUGGCAAACAUAGCGGCAAUGGCGUUGCUUUCGGCAGCAAAGUCUAUCAUCCAGUCUCAUCAGCUAAUGGUGUCGUCAGACUCACCGCCGCCCCGAUCGGCGACGCCUUCCUUGUAGCCACAGUUGGCGCCGCCAAUGUCACUCUCUCAAUCGAUACAGCCUCGCCAUUCACCAUCGUUGGACUCAACCACCUCAAUCCCUACGUGCCUGGGCCGACAGCCGUACAGACUAACAUGCGAUGGGCGACGCUCGGCAGUAAUUGGAAUCUGGCAGGAACGAUAUGGACAGACGUCGUCAAGAUCAGCGCAGACUUUGUCAUGUCAGGCGUACGAAUAGCAGAGGCGAUCCCUUCAAAAGCUUUCGAAAGCUUCUAUGGUACCAACGCAGGCUUGCUGGGACUCGGACUGAAAGCGCUCAGCAAGGGCACUAUAGCGGACGAGCCUUUGACAAUCCUGCCUACCUUUGUGGAUGAGGUCGCUCUUCAGCUCAUGCCAUCCAAAGCAGGCGUUACCCUGAACUACCGGCCCACAUCAUCGCCAGAGAGUAGCACCUUGUCAUUUGGCGCGAUUGAUACGACCUCACUCGUCGGAGGCAUCAAUUACAUGCCUCUUGGCGCGCCCAUCAAUGGAUCACAGUACUGGACGCUGCUCAUGGAGCUGCCCCAGUUUGGCUUGAACAGAACGUCGCCUUGCAAGGCUAAUGCUUUCCUCAAUACGCAGUCGACGCUCAUGAUCUUGCCAUAUACGGCAGGCCAGAACUACAUCAAUAGCAUUCCUGGAGCCGGCUACCAGCAAGGUAUUGUGAGCUUCCCUCAGUCAUCGACGCCGCCCGAUCUCGUCUUUUCGACCGUCACUGGGGCAAAAUUAACUCUGCCCGGCAAGUCACAGCUCCUGAGCCCAGCAGAAGUCCAAACGGCAGGCCUCGAUUCGACUCAAUCCUACAGCUGGAUUACACAAGCAACUGAUGAGCAACAAUACACCAUAGGUUCUUUCUGGCUCGAGAGAUUCCUUGUUUACCUCGACCACACCAUUCCUCGGAUCGGCAUUGGCGCGACUGCUCUCACAUAGACGUCGGUGUCUCACGGACAAGUUCGCAUGAUGCAUGCAUACAUCGUUUGCGCUUAUUGACCUGGCGGCCCUUCUGGUUUCAAUGAGGA